GAAUCUCUUAUUACCAAUUAUAUAUAAAAAAAAAGAGAAAACAAAACAAAAAAGAGAAAACAAAACAAAAAAAAAAAAAAUAAAUAAAUUACAAAUUACAAAAACUAAUUCUUCUUCCUCUUUACUCCUUAAUCACCCCCCCCCCUUCCCUUUUUUCUAAUACAUAUUCCUAUCUUAUCUUUUAUAAUAAAUAAACAUUAUUUACAAUGUGGAUCCUGGCUUAUCCACGAGUGGUACCCGUCAUCCCACUCAAAUUAAACGGGACCCUGACAGUAGGGUAAAUUACUGUCAACUUUGUGGAUCCUGGCUUAUCCACGAGUGGUACCUGUCAUCCCACUCAAAUUAAACAUGGCCCAGACAGUAGGGUAAAUUUUCUGCCAAACAGUGAAUGCAAAUUCACUGCACUGGAGACGCCCUCUAUGGGGUGGUGGAGUGCCCACUUAAUUGUGGGACUCCCCAGUGUAUAAUAUGAUAUGAUUUUGAAGAAAAGACUUUUUUCGUCUGCGGGAAAAUGGCUGAUGUUAAAUCGCCACCUCCAAGAAAUAAUGAUAUCUAUCAAUUCUACAAAUACUUCUAUCACUCACAAUUUCAUUUUCAAGCACACUAAAUUCCUUAAAUAUUUACUUUGCGAAUACUUACAUUUUUUAUGACAUGAAAAGCCUGACUUCUACUCUUCUGAAUCAAAACUAGUAAAUUCUUUCAAAUGCAUGGAAGAUGGGGAGAGUAAUGAGACUCUUUUUCAAUUGCUGAGGAUUAUACAUAAUAUAUCUGUCAAGUUAUUACUUUUAUUCAUUAAUUUUUUUAUUUUUUCUAGAUUCAAAGUAAUAAAUUCUCUUCUUUAUUUACUAAUUUAUCUCAAUCAAUUCAUCAUAACUUAAUUCUUUCUUAUCUUCUCCAAUUCUUUACCUAAGCUACUAUAAAGUUUAGCAAAAAAAAAUAUAGUUAAUUCGAAAAGAAGGAAGGAGGGAGCAUAUUUUACUGCCAAAAUUACUAAAAGAUGACCUCAAGUUUUAUAAUUACAUACGUAUGGAAAAAAUGAAUCUUAUUAAAAAUAAAAUUGCAAAAAAGAAAACUAAUUUUAUCAAGAAUCUUAUUACACCUGAUGAAAAAUUGAUGAUUACACUGAGAUAUCUUGCAACUGGGGAUUCAUAUGUCUCCAUGUCUUAUAAUUAUAAAUUAGGAGUAUUAACUAUUAAGCAAAUAAUAGGAGAUACAAUCAAGGCUUUAUGGGAUAUUUUGCAACCUAUCCAUAUGAUGGUACCUACAUUAGAGAUGUUUGAGGAAGUAGCUCAAGGCUUUGAGGAGAUGUGGAACUUCCCAAACUGUAUAGGGCCCAUUGAUGUGAAGCAUUGUAAGACAAAUAAGCCUCCGCACACAGGAACACAGUUUUUCAAUUACAAGCAUGGAUUUUCAAUAAUCCUUCAAGCAUUGGUGGAUUUUAAUGGCAAAUUUAUGGUUAUAGAUGUUGGCAGUUAUGGAAGCCAAAGUGAUGGAGGAGUCUUUGCAAACUCACUUCUAUCAAAAAGAAUUGAAAAUAGUGAGCUCCCAAUUCCACGCCCUAAGCUUUUACCUAUUUCAAAUAUAGUGGUGCCUCAUGUUUUUUUAGGAGAUGGAGCAUAUCCUCUGAAAAGAUAUUUGAAGCCAUAUAUUAAAAAUAAUAAUGAUGAUUCUAAAAUAUUUAACUACCGCCUAUCCUGGGCAAGAAGGAUAGUGGAGUGUAGUUUUGGGGUUUUAACCUCAAAGUGGAGAAUUUUAUUAAUUGAAGACAUCAUUAAAGCAACUUGUAUUUUACAUAAUAUAAUAUUAACUAAAGAAAAUUUAAAUAUAAUAAGUUUUGAUCCUGUUGGUUCAAAUUAUUCUUUAUGGAACCAACAGAGUAUUAAAAAUAGUUCUGAUCAAAAUAAAAAUAUAAGAAAUUUAUUUAGCAAUUAUUUUAAUAAUAUAGACAUUUUGCCCUGGCAAACUAAUAUUUUAAAUAAAUAUUUAUUUUAUCAAUAUUUUAAAUUUAUAUGUAUUAAAUUUCUUUAUAUUUUUUGGUAUAUAUUUUCUUUUUAUAAAAAUACGAGAACUUGUUCAUAAAAUAAUUAUUUUAUA